GUCGGCAAGUCAUGCAACAGCUCAACCUGGGCAGGGCGGAGAACACCGCCUGAUGGAAUGCCAACACAAUGCCCUACCUGCUCCGUCUUCGAGCCCGAAGGAUUCGGCUCGGUAUUAAGUUAUAGGCAGGUAGUGCCCGCGAGGCCCCCAGGAGGCGAUGCCUUCUCGACGAUGCUGGUCGACACCGCCGAGGUCACGAUGCUAAUUGACGCCGCCGAAGCCACGAGAUUUCCAAGUGCACACAAUAGGUACCUAUCGUUGAUGGUUUACGACUAUUGGUAAGCCCGCGGAAGCUUCGCGGAACACCGUGUUUCUCCUCAUGACUCCUCGUCUCGGCUUCUCGUCCAUCCCAAAGUCAAAAGUGCCUCAGCCCACCCCGGAACCGCCAGCUCCAGAUGCAAUCCUGUCUCAAGUGACACGCGCGGGGGCGGUGGCGGUGCAUAGCGUUACGCGUCGACCCCAGGCAUCCUUACUCACUGAUAUCGAUACCUGGUUAGACUCGUCUUGUCGGGCGGGCGUGGCAGCGAGCGCGGUCCGUCUACUGGCCUCGGUUCUUCUCCCACUGCUUCGGCAUGCCCCGGAAGUGCGUGGGCAACUGCGGUCGCGAAGCGGGUUGCGAGGCGGGUUGCGAGGUGCUGGACGCGGCAUCGGCAGCAGGGCCGUCGGCCUUCUUGUCCUCGCUACGAUCUGCCGGAGCUGUGCCGUGGGAGGCUGGGUCGUCGGCUGGCUUAGCCGUGUCUUGGGGAGCGGAGACUCCCUUGUUCUGCCUGUCGUCGGCCAUUUUUUUAAUCCAGCUCCGCUAGGACGAUGGGGGGUUGGAGUAGGAUGCAGGGAGCGGGGAGGCGAGCCGGCUUCGUCGGUUGAUGAUGCGAUGUGUAAUCCUUCCUAUACAGGUAGGGCUGUCUAUGUGCGGGCAAGUCGUAGGGAAGAGUGUGUCUGGUAGUUGAGCAACUGGAGGACUGAGAUAGAGGACGGAGGAAAAACUGAGCACUACUUCUCAACAUCGGGGAGGUUCGUCUAUGAGGUCACUUACCUACCUAGGU